ACACACAAGAGUUUCCCCGAGCGAAGAAGAAUAAAAAAAACAUUCGACAGAUGGCAAAGAUCAUGUUAUGAUUGAGGGCUCACAUUUUAUUUUUAUUUUUUCAUCGUAAUUGAAAGGAGAAGAGUACAGAAAGUAACUAUAGUUCGGAAAAAAAGAAAGAAGAAAAACAGUACAGUAUAUAAAUCGUAACAAAAGUGUGGCGCAAACGAGCGGUUAUAAUUAGACUAGAAAAUGUUAAACGGGUUAAUUCGGAAGAUCGUAAAACGUUGAAAUCCAUGGUUGCAAAGAUUAAAAAAAAAAAACAGAUUUUAUUCGUGCAUCGAGCAGCAGAGCAACUGAGGCGAGAGUGAAUGUGUGUACGUGAGUGAGAGAGAAAAGACGAGUGUAAGAGAGGAAGAGAUAGAAUAGUAACAUGGCGUUUGUUUCUCUCGUAUGUUCCGAAAUAUCUAUUUGGUCAAUUAGCUUUCUACACACGCCCUCGUACAAUUCGUGCCGAAUAUAACGUUAAUCGACAUAAACGGAAAAAAGUAAUUCCAAUUAGAAUUUUGAAAAAGAAAAAAAUAUUAAUCAAAUUCCUCAUCGACCGUAACCCGCGAGUGUUACGACUUAAAUCGUCCCUAUACACAUUAUAACUAUCAACCACGUACAUGUAUAUACAUAUAAACGCGUUGUGUUUAAUACUGGCGUGCUUGGUGAGACGAAAUCACGAAAUUAUGAGGCAAUAUAUCGUAAAUUGUGACUCUUGGAAUGCUAUUUGUUUCGUGAGAUCGUAACAAAGAUAAGAAACAAAAAAAAGAGGAAGGAUUCAAUACUGAGAAAAGUUUUGGAAAAAUGACUUCUCGCAGCUGCACCAAGUCAUACAGUCGAAAGGUGAACACUGUUACACCUGGUAGCAUUCAGUUCGACAAACUCUUCAGGGAAAACAGCAACAGACCCUCUGCUGCUAAGUCAGCUGGUACCGUCGGAAAAUGGGGUAUCACAUCAUUUACAUCCAUCCGAAGUACCAGUAUCAAUGGAAGAAGAGACGAGAUUGUGAAGUCUUUCGGAGCGAAAAGAGCAAAGUUGGACUACGCGAAUCAGAACGCACGCGUAACAACGAUAACGGAUCCGUUUUCGUUUGAGCCAGACCGGGAGACGAAAUCGGAGGCUGCACCGGCUGUGAUUCCAAAACCGAAGAAAUUUUUCAAAAGUCGAAACGCUCCUAGCGUUGCGACGACUGCGGACCAGCCCAAGCUUCAAGAUACGUCAGUUUACAAGCAACAAGUACCUGAUACCUCGCAGUACGUUCGUUCACGAGGUCAAAAGCAAAACGCUCAUUCACAGCAGACGGUUGGUAAGCACCAGCAAUCUCUAUCAAAGGGAGUGUCUUCUCACGCGACAGCAGCGUCACGAAAGAGCAUUAGUGAUGCCCCGAUACUCGAGAAUAGCUCGAGCGAAGCUUCGAAUAACCGGGACGACGGUAAACCGCCGAUAGUAUUGAGAAUAUGUAAGGGUACAGCGAGAUUGCUAUGUCCGGACGUUCAAGAAAAUUUGGAUUCCGAGCCCGAGACAUACAGAAUAACAACACCGCAUUCGAGUCCGUCGAAAAUCGAGCUCGAUCGUAAAAGCUUCAGUCCUGAGAUUGCUUUGAGACAGGACACCAGAACGAGCAACAGUUCGCGCGCCACCUCUCACCACCAGCAACCAAUCGUAACGACUGUUUCUAUACCACUGGACAAUUCUGAUAUGAGAAGAACGACACGCAGUCGAGCUAAGAACCUCCAACAACUCGACUUAGGGCUCACCUCUUCGUUGUCCUCCUCCUCCUCCUCCUCUUCUUCAUCCUCCUCCGUCUCUUUGGUUAAUCCUUCAGCAUCCCAGCAACAACCGCAAACACCAACGACCUCACCAGCACCCCCGACCACACCGAAUUCUCACAGUUCUGGUCUCUCACUGACUCUACGAAAAUCCGUUACCGAUUCGAAUAACACACUCAUAUCGCAUUAUGAUAUUGUAAAGACUGAUUGUACCACGAGUUAUUCGAGCAAGCCGACGAUAGAGCCUCUCAUAGGCCGGGAUCAACCUCUACCAACAACUACUCAAGAGCUCAUCGACAUAUUGUCCAGCGACGCUGACAAUAUGAUGAUCAGAGGAGAAAUUUCGACGUUACCGGUUCAACGCGCGGCAACUCCUCAAGAAGCCAUCGAUAGCGGACCCGACGACGAUGCCGUUCAACAUUGCUGCAUCGAUUUACCAAAUGCCGAACCAGUCCUCGAGCCAGUACGAGAGAUUCCUCCGAUCGAACCUCGACAAGAAACCGAGGUGGAGGAGCCCUCAGAAAAGGAAAUGCAAGUCGAAGCUCCCGUGAUCCCGGCACCCAUGGACGUCGAAACCGCCGCUGCGAAAACACUCGUCGAUCAGGAUUGGUACUCCGGCAGCGACGACGAAAGCGAAGAAGCCGGAGGUCCCGUCGACAAUGAUCAACCCACCAAUGAUCCAAAUCCCGUAGAGGAAGAAUCACAACCUCUCGAAACAUUGUCGAUGAAUCUCGACGCGAAAAAACCAGCGACCAAAAAAGGCAGCAUUUUCAAAAGUCGCUCAACCGGUGCUACCAACGGCAACAAAAGACGAGCCUUGUAUAAACACAAAUGGUGCGAAAGCGACAAAGAAUCUGGAACGCCGGAAAGUACCGGAACUGGCAAUGCUACACCCAACACCGCCAGUGGAUCUCACAGCAACGCUGGUUCCGUUGCUUUCGAAGAAGAAUUCGAAGCCUCGCAACUCACCAGAGUCGUUACUUAUCCCGAAACCGACAUGGAUUUCACCGACCAAACUGAAGCUAUUACCAGUAUAAGAUGUGGCAAAAAAGUCAAAGGAUUCUAUACCGUCGUUAAAAAUGUAAAGAAAGCCCAUCAAAUACAGGAGAGCGGUGAAUUUCAAGAGUUUAACGACGACGUCGAAUAUAUUCUCGAUACGUUGCGGGAAAACAAUCCAAACGCCACACGUUGCCUUUCGGCCAUUAGGCUUGCUAGUAAAUGUAUGGCUCCAGCCUUCAGAAUGCAUGUUCGAGCUCACGGUACGGUGGCCAAAUUUUUCAAAGCUCUUCACGACGCGACCAAAGAUCAGAGCCUCGGAUUAUGCACAGCGACGGUAAUGUUCGUGCUGAGCCAAGACCGUUUGGCGAUGGACUUGGACCGUGAUUGUUUGGAAUUGAUGCUGAGUCUUUUGGAGUCCGAUGCGAGUCACAAAGACGCAUUGGAUGAUUGUGGGCUAAGUCGCGUCGAACUUUUGAAAAACAAGGAAAAAGUACGACAAUUGUGUGCGGAUAUACAAGCCCAAGGACACGCGAAACACCUGAAUCUCGAUAAUAUAACCGUCGGUCAAUUGGCUAUGGAGACAUUGUUGAGUCUGACGUCAAGACGCGCUGGCGAAUGGUUCAAGGAGGAAUUGCGAGAACUGGGUGGACUCGAACACAUUGUCAAAACAAUUAAGGAUUGUCAUCGUCAUAUUAACGCGAGCGAAGUUACAAGAGCCGGCUGGUCAGAACCGUUGCUCGACAAACUUCGCAAAGUUGAUAGGUGCUUGCGCGUACUCGAAAAUGUGACUCACAUGAAUGAGGAGAACCAAGUUUAUUUGUUAAAAUACGGAGACGGGAUAAUGGUCAGUACACUAGCAAGUCUCUAUCAUCUUUGUGGCCAAGAAAUACCGAUUUAUCCAACGAUUGAUCCGGCUGACAAAACAUCAACCGGAGCUGUCGUUCGAGAAUGCCUUUUCGCUAUUAUUAAAGUUCUCAUCAAUUUAACGCAUCGCUUUAAUCGACAAUCUUUCGGGAGCAAAUCAGUUGGUGCUCAAACGGGCGUCGUUGAUUGCAGUCUUAAUCUUUUGCUACGAUUGCCCGAGUCGUUGCCGGACGAGAAACGGUUCGAUCUGAUGAUGUUGGCUCUGAUACUUCUUAUUAAUCUCGUCGAACAGUGCGACGACAACAAGAAACUUCUCAUCGAAUCAAAAGCACCGCCUUAUCUCGAGAAUUUGUUCGACACUGAUGAUAGUGGCGUCGAGGCGCUAAUAGAACUAUUCUACAAACAAGAAGAACUCGCCCGUGCCGAGGAACAGAAAACCGAUGCGAUUCUUGAUGGGAAAAAAGAUUCGGAACAAACCGAAACAGUUUCCACAACCACUAAAUCGCAAGAAGAGUUCAUUGAAGAAACCGUUACCAAAUUGUUACAGAAAGCUGGUCGUCAUAUGGAACACACAUUGAUCGGGGCUUACGUCGUACUUCUUCUCGGAUAUUUAGUGAUGGAUAACAAGGAAUAUGAAUCUGCAGUCCGUAGUAUGCUGCCUGAAAACAAUUUCGGGACAAUGGUGACCGUUUUACAAAAAUUCUUCAACUUUAUGAACCUUACGGCAUCGAAUGAAGCGAGUAGCUGCGGUAUUGCUGCAACGGACAAGGUGAUCAAGUUCCUAAAGUUAUCAGAUGCCAGAGCUGAAGAAGAGAAAAACGAGCUGCCGCUGCCGGCAUUGGAAGAAUCGAGUAUAAUGCUCGACCUCUCGUCGUCUUGAUCGCAACUAGAUAAAUUUACGUACGAGAUGCAUCCGCGAUGAGAAAAGUAAAAAAAUCAGACGCGAAAAUAGAGAGCCAAAGCUGCACGUGUCCAACAAAAAAGAAAAGGAGAUAAAAAAAAGGCGAAAUCCCUUCAUCGCAGUGUGGACGGACCUGUUUCAUAAUGAACACAUAUUUUGAUAUAUAUUUAUUCAUUUACAUAAUUUAUUGCUGUAUUUUUUCAUUAUUAUCCCAAUUCUCUUUUCCUCCGCCCAAAAAACUCGAUGUAUUCGCUCUUGAUUACAGCAGACACUUUAUCAGCAUUAAGUUUUUAGUUUGUUACUUAAGUAGUCGUUCGGAAUUAUAGAAAUACUUUUUAGGCGCGGCUGCAAACCAAUUAAACCGAAAGUUUUUUCUCUCACAAGUGCCCAAUGACACAUGAUCAAUUGAAUGCUCGAGUUUAAGCGAGGGGGGGCACUGAAAUCGCGUGAUAUCACGUUUCAUUUCAAUGUCUUGCAAAAACGAGAAUCCUCCUUCUAUCCUUUUUAUUUCGCAUUGUGUCGUAGCCAUUUUUUACGUUCAUUUUCAAGCACCCCCGUUUUAUUUUCUUUCAUUAUUGACGAUAAGAUGCUCCGACAAAGAAGGAAUAUGCCGCAUUGUAAAUCAGCAAGUCGAAGAUGGAAAAUAAAGAUACAAGGUUCGAGUAUAGCCCAUUGGUUAAUUCGACAUAGUGUUUACGCUGUGCAAGUUUAUUUUAAUAUUAAAUUUAAAAAUUACACUGUAAGCCUUGUAAAUGUAAAUUUAUAAAUUAUAAUUGUACCUUACAUAUGAAAGAAC